UGAGUGAUGGCUUGAAUCGCUUGGGACUGUAUAGGAUGGCUGGUCGCAAAGGGGAAUACAUAGCAGAGCUUGCUGAUGAGAUGGUGAAAGAAGGAUAUGUCCCAAGCCCCAGAAUUGAGAGCAUUGUUGACAAGCGCCAUCAAAGCUGCCCGUAUCUUAACGAUCUCCACUUGUUGAGAGAGUUCUCCAGAUUGGAGAAAGAGGAGCGGUAUUUGCUGACAUUCAUGGCGCUGGCAGGGGGAGCGAGAAGUGGGUUGCUGCGGAUCACGUCGUAUGUUGAGCAAAACAAUUGCAACGAGGACACCGUCAAGGCCAUGCUCGCUGUCGUCGACGCACACCUCAUGUCGACGUCCUCAACCGGCGAGUCGUUGGUCUUGUAUCUCAAGAUGAAGGCCGACUACAAUCGCUACCUCGUUGAUUUGAAGACCGGCCAACAACGCCAGGAGGCCGAACAAGCCACCCUCAUGGCCUUCAAGAUCGCCCAGGAGCAUGCUUUUGCGGAGCUUCCUCCGACGCACUCCUUCCGACUGGGACUCGCGCUGAACUUGUCGGCGUUUUGCUUCGAGCAUCUCAACUCUCUGGAUCGGGCUUGUUUUGUGGCACAGCAGGCUAUUGAUGAGGCACAGGCCAAAGUGGAGGCGUCGGGGAAGGAGCCCCGGAGGGAAACCAGCCGGAUCAUGGAGCUCCUCCGGCAAAACCUCGCGGUUUGGACGAGAAUGAGUAUUGAAUCAUCCCUCUAAGUUGUGAAUUCUAAGACCUGUGCCUAGGUUUGCCGACAAUUGCCUAGUGUUGCAACUUGGAUGAUUCCAAGGGAAACUCAGCAGUGAUAGAACUCGGUUUGACAUUGAAACUCAGUUUCAGGCUUGGUAUUGGAGAGAAUUCAUAUAUAUAGUUUCCUGCUGUACGCAAGACGAGCCACCAGGAACAGAACGUCCCCGGCUCGAAUCCAAGCCCUGAAUGGACAGAAGAAGGGAUUCACGCACAUUGUUUUCUCAAGGAUAUGUAUUCUAGCCUGAU